UUCUCUAAACUCUUUCCAACCCCCAAAAGCGUCCGUUUAUCGGAAAAAAAGAAAGACAAUAACAAGAAGAAGAAGAAGAUGUUGGCAGUGUUUGAAAAAUCAGUAGCGAAGAGCCCAGAUGCUUUGCAGACACCAAAUUCUGAGUCAGUUUCUGCACUAAAAGAUGGGUUCUUGGCGCAGCAUUUUUCAUCUUUACAACCUGGCUCUGUUACAAUUAAUCUUGGUUCUUCUGGAUUCAUGGCCUACUCCAGCGACAAGCAAAACCCUUUGCUCCCCAGAUUGUUUGCAGUUGUUGAUGACAUUUUCUGCCUGUUCCAAGGCCAUAUUGAGAAUGUUGCGCAUCUUAAGCAGCAAUAUGGGUUAAAUAAGAUUGCAAAUGAGGUGAUAAUUGUUAUUGAGGCUUACCGGAGCUUGAGGGACCGAGGUCCUUAUCCUCCAGAUCAAGUUGUUAGAGAUAUCCAUGGGAAAUUUGCAUUCAUCCUAUAUGACAGCACUGCAAAAACUACUUUUAUGGCUGCUGAUGUUGAUGGGAGUGUACCCUUCUUUUGGGGAACUGAUUCUGAAGGCCAUCUUGUCGUAUCAACUGAUUUGGAUGUUGUGAAAAAAGGCUGUGGCAAGUCCUUUGCACCAUUUCCCAAAGGAUGCUUCUUCACAAGUUCGGGAGGGUUGAGGAGCUACGAGCACCCCCACAAUGAGUUGAAGCCAGUGCCAAGGGUGGAUAGUUCUGGGGAAGUUUGUGGUGCAAACUUUAAGGUGGAUGCAGAAGCUAAGAAGGGGGGUACUGGAAUGCCCAGAGUUGGAAGUGCUGCAAACUGGUCCCAAAACUACUAGGCUCGCUCACCAUUUUUUGUUGUGGCUAGCCUGUUGUUAUUUGUUGGCCUUCCAUUUAUCUUCUAUCCAUUUGUGAACGUGGUCAAUCCUUGAUCGCUUGUCUAUGUUGCUACUUAAUUUUAUGGUCAGAAACAGUGCACCUAAGAGUGAAGCUAUCUAUUUGAUGUGGCCAUAAGGAGCUUUAUUAACUCUUUAGGUUUCACUUUACUACGCCAAGGGAGGUCACUUUAAGGCCUCAAAGAAACUCGAUAUAUGAAAUAAUAGAUACUUUGUUCUAAAA